AUGUCCAUGAGAACGUGCACUGCUGAUGCCAUGAUGCAGCACUUCCAACUUAAAAAGCACCACCCGCUUCCCCCCCCUGCUGCUCCCUCACACCGCUACCGCUCCAACCAGCACCGCCAUCGCUGCCACCACCAGCACGCCCAUCCACUUCACGGCCACCACCCACAGGCGGGACGGCAGCACCUUGAUCAGGGCCCACUGCCCGCAGCUUCCCCCUCCCUCUCCCGCUGCUGUGCAGCAUCCCCUCUCAUUCCGGACACUCGCCCCACCACCUGCCUGCUCCUGCGCCCCACCCCCUUUCCUUCCAUCUCCUACUUUCCCCUACUCUCCAUCUCCUCUUUUCCCCUUCUCCCCAUCUUCUCUUUUCCCCAUCUUCUCUUUUCCCCUUUCGCUCCUCUCUUCUCCCCUUCCUCUCAUCUCCUGUCUUCCCCUUCCCCUCCUUUCCUCUUUUCCUCCUCCCCUCCUUUUCUCCUUACCCCUUCCCCUCAUCUCCUCCCUUCCCCUUUCCCUCAUCUCCUCCCUUCCCCUUCCCCUCAUCUCCUCUUUUCCCCUUCCCCUCAUCUCCUCCCUUCCCCUUCCCCUCAUCUCCUCUCUUCCCCUUCCCCUCAUCUCCUCUCUUCCCCUUCCCUCAUCUCCUCUCUUCCCCUUCCCCUCAUCUCCUCUCUUCCCCUUCCCCUCAUCUCCUCUCUUCCCCUUCCCCUCAUCUCCUCUCUUCCCCUUCCCCUCAUCUCCUCUCUUCCCCUUCCCCUCAUCUCCUCUCUUCCCCUUCCCCUCAUCUCCUCUCUUCCCCUUCCCCUCAUCUCCUCUCUUCCCCUUCCCCUCAUCUCCUCUCUUCCUUUUCCCCUCAUCUCCUCUCUUCCCCUUUCCCUCAUCUCCUCUCUUCCCCUUCCCCUCAUCUCCUCUCUUCCCCUUCCCCUCAUCUCCUCUCUUCCCCUUCCCCUCAUCUCCUCUCUUCCCCUUCCCCUCAUCUCCUCUCUUCCCCUUCCCCUCAUCUCCUCUCUUCCCCUUCCCCUCAUCUCCUCUCUUCCCCUUCCCCUCAUCUCCUCCCUUCCCCUUCCCCUCAUCUCCUCUCUUCCCCUUCCCCUCAUCUCCUCUCUUCCCCUUCCCCUCAUCUCCUCUCUUCCCCUUCCCCUCAUCUCCUCUCUUCCCCUUCCCCUCAUCUCCUCUCUUCCCCUUCCCCUCAUCUCCUCUCUUCCCCUUCCCCUCAUCUCCUCUCUUCCCCUUCCCCUCAUCUCCUCUCUUCCCCUUUCCCUCAUCUCCUCCCUUCCCCUUCCCCUCAUCUCCUCUCUUCCCCUUCCCCUCAUCUCCUCUCUUCCCCUUCCCCUCAUCUCCUCUCUUCCCCUUCCCCUCAUCUCCUCGUUUCCCCUUCCCCUCAUCUCCUACUUUCCCAGUCCCCUCAUUCCCAUCCAUUUCUUUCUUAUCAGCAGGACCUCGCUUCCCUGCCACGUGGCACAUCGCCCUCCACGUCCCCACUCUCCAACUCCUGCUCGUUACUAUCAGUGCCGCUUCGUGCACAAGCCACACCCGCGAGCCCAUUCCUCUCACCACCGCACCUGCUCUAAACUGCCGCCUCUGCUUCCCAUGUCUUCCCAGAGACCCUGCCUUGCCAUCUCUCCAACAUGUAAUGCUGAUCUUCGAACUGCUGGGGAUGGCAACGUUGAAGGUAUUGCUACUGCCGAUGCUGAUGCUGCUGAUGCUGAUGCUGCUGAUGCUGAUGCUGCUGAUGCUGAUGCUGCUGAUGCUGAUGCUGCUGAUGCUGAUGCUGAUGCUGAUGCUGAUGCUGCUGAUGCUGAUGCUGCUGAUGCUGAUGCUGAUGCUGCUGAUGCUGAUGCUGAUGCUGAUGCUGCUGAUGCUGAUGCUGCCGACGCUGAUGCUGCUGAUGCUGAUGCUGCUGAUGCUGAUGCUGCUGAUGCUGAUGCUGCUGAUGCUGAUGCUGCUGAUGCUGAUGCUGCUGAUGCUGAUGCUGCUGAUGCUGAUGCUGAUGCUGCUGAUGCUGAUGCUGCUGAUGCUGAUGCUGCUGAUGCUGAUGCUGCUGAUGCUGAUGCUGCUGAUGCUGAUGCUGCUGAUGCUGAUGCUGCUGAUGCUGAUGCUGAUGCUGCUGAUGCUGAUGCUGCUGAUGCUGAUGCUGAUGCUGAUGCUGAUGCUGCUGAUGCUGAUGCUGAUGCUGCUGAUGCUGAUGCUGCUGAUGCUGAUGCUGAUGCUGAUGCUGAUGCUGCUGAUGCUGAUGCUGCUGAUGCUGAUGCUGCUGAUGCUGAUGCUGCUGAUGCUGAUGCUGCUGAUGCUGAUGCUGCUGAUGCUGAUGCUGCUGAUGCUGAUGUUGCGUUAAUUUCUGCUGCGAGUGCCAACACAAUCCCCACUCCGUCCCUUGGCUGCCUCGCUCGCCACCAACCUGGAAGCGGUGGGCAUGGGAUGGCACAAGGUGGGCAUGGGAUGGCACAGGGUAGGCAUGGGAUGGCACAGGGUGGGCAUGGGAUGGCACAGGGUGGGCAUGGGAUGGCACAGGGUGGGCAUGGGAUGGCAUUUGAGGCGCCUCAAAGGUGGGCAUGGGAUGGGAUGACCCAGUGUUCCUUCCUGCCAUGCCAUGGUGAGAGGGAGACGGCCCACACGCCACUGAGAGUGCUCACGCCAUGCACGCUACGCAUGGGCUUCCCUCAUCGCCCCUCCCCUCCUCACCCUCCCCUCCUCCUGGGUUGCUUGCCUGCCAUCAUGCCUGCUUCCUCGCCCACUCUCGCAGUCAAGCACGAGUCAACGGCAGUCAACGCGCCUCACAUGCCAGGCGCUCGCUGCGCUGCUCUCCCCUCGCCCCCUCCGCCGUGCACCACUGCCGCCGUUACCCUCGCCACUAGCGGGCCCGACAGGUGA